CUGCCCACACCCAAGAUGGCCGCCGCGGCGCCCGCCGAGCGCCAGGGGCCCGCCUUGACCCCUCCCGGCCGCCGUAGCGCGGGUUUCCUUCCCAAGAUGGCGGCGCCCAGCGGGAGGAGCGGCCGGGGGCUGUGGGGCGCGGUGGUGGCCGCCGCCGCCCUGCUGUGGCUGGGGGCCCGGGCCGCCGAGGGACCGAGCACGGCCGAGUUCGACGUGCGGCCCGGCGGGGAGGUGCACUCCUUCUCCCGGAGCCUGGGAGAUUACACCUGCACCUUCACGUACUCUGCUCAGGGAGGAACGAACGAGCAAUGGCAGAUGAACAUUGGAGUCAGCGAAGACAACCUGCUCUUCUCCUGCUCUGUCUGGAGGCCCCAAGGGAAGUCUUAUCUCUUCUUCACCCAGUUUAAAGCUGAAGUGAAGGGAGCCAAGAUAGAGCACGCCAUGGCUUAUUCUCAAGCUGCAGUGGGUGGACAAAGUGACGUCCCUUUAAAACAGGAAGAGUUUGAAAUCACUGAAACAACAGUGUCUCACAGGGAAGGCAAGUUCCGUUUUGAACUGUCGAAACUCAUGAUCGUAGCAAAAACACCCCGUGAUGAGCUGUGACCCCAAGGACGCUGUUGGGCAGGGUGUUUGGGCCGGAAGACUGUGGCAGAUAGCGGGGAUUCCUUGUUACUGGCGGGUUUUUCGGUCGGCCAAACCUUUCGUGUUUUCCGUAUUGAAACGUGCUAGGGUCCAACACAAGUGGGACGUGGAGGUGUUGAGACAGAUGCAUUCUGUCUUGUGUCAGAGUAACAAUGUGCUUUGCAGCUGGAAACCUCCUCUGAGACUCCCGAUCUGCAGCCAGCCGUUCUGUUGCCCGCUUUCUGCUUCACUGAUCUGCUGAAUAUGGUAAAGCUCCCCUCUAACAGGGCUCCUUAUCUUCCUUGCUAGGAAGAGCAAUGCAGAAAGAUAAGCGGCUGGAUUUAAGCAAGGUUUGCUAAAGGAAAGUUGUUAACUCUGGAGUCUCUGGAGGGUGGUGACAGGCUUUCUUUCUCUGCCAGCAUUGGAGGAGAAACAAAUUAAAUUGGGCAGGAGGGGGAAGGAAGGGAUAGGGUUGGCCAAAGCUAUCUGACUCCUUGUUGAGUGCAGCUAUUGAAGACCGUCGCCGGCUUUGCUGGAGAGGAUAUUCUGUUCCUGCCUUAGUGCUGAUUGCAGGUUGGGAUAAGUUGGCAUGGGGAAGGCAAAGCUGCUUAUUCUGACACAACCCAGGAAUCAAUCCAAGCAACACUUCCAUGUCUCAGUACAAUUGCAGGACUAUUUUAUACGUACAGAAGCAAUUUUUUUUCUUAUCUAGAGUAAUAACAGUGAGGGGAUGUGGAAUUCCUUUCCUGUGUAAAUAAACAAACAAAUAAAUAAAGCAUUGUGCUCUUGCCUGGG